AUUUCAAUGUCUACGAGCUAUUCAAAUCAAAGGUAGUGCCAAUUAUAGAGCAGCGAGUAAAUGCGGUGCUAUAACAUACGGAAAAUACACAACUACUGAUCUAUGACAGGUCGCGAGUCGGUUGCCGAUAAGGCCAAACGAUUUGUCUCAUUCUGAAUAGGAAUCUCACAAGUGACGGACACAGCACUAAAAUGUGGAAAUUCGACAAUAUAGUAAAGUUUAUGGUGAAUGAAAAAAUUAAUUUACCAACUAAAGGGGUUUAUAAAACAAGUGAAAAUAUUUUAAGAGUGCGGCUAUGCGUUUUUAUUUCGGCGUUUGUGCAUUUAGUUUUUAUAGCAACGAAACUGUUGACGAUUGACUUCACAAAGGCUGAAGAUCCUGCGCUGUGGCCGUAUGCGAACGUGAGGUGGAAACUCAUAACAUGUUGGUUUAAUCUAGCAUCAUUGGCAUAUCUCCCAGUAUGUAUAUAUUGCGAUUGGAGGGAGAUCAGAGGAGAAGCACAAUGGGAUCACGUGAAGAAUCUCAAUCAAAUCAGAUUUUUGGUAUUCACCGGCUUCAUAUUCCCCACUACCGCUUUCGCAGACAUACUUUUUUGGCGGCUGUGGAACAAGGACCAACUGCUUCUAGCACCAGCAGGGGUUGAUAAACUUGUACCUUUCUGGACCCAGCACUGCAUGCACACAGUUACCCUGGUGUUUACCCUGCUAGACCUGGUGUUAGUGCCGCGGAAGAGACCAACCAGCAUGGUGCCUGGUUUAUCUGUCAUGAUGACUGUUAUCACUGUCUAUUGUGGUGUGUGCGCUGAAAGUAUUAUUGUCCAAGGCGAAUACCUGUAUCCAGUUAUAAAAACAAUGAGCAAUUUCAAACUCGGCCUCCUGGUGCUGUACAUCAUUGUCGAACAUUUGUUUUAUUUCACUGGACAGUUCGUGCUGUAUGAUUUUUUGUGGGGACAGAGUAAAUCUAAAAGUGAGCGCUUACAAUUCAGUUCCAGCUAGUAAAAUUGUCCUAUCGUCCGCGGAGGGCAUUAGUAAAAAAUAUUGCAUACAGGGUGAUUUUGUAAACAGUAUCCAAAAAUUUUUAAUAAGCUCUAUUGAACAAUUUAACAAUACUAAGUACUUUAUCUUAAUUAUUAUUUUUAAUCGUGGUAUUUUUCGCAAAAAAAAAUACUGAAAACAUAAUUCACGGGCUUAUUUUUACGCACCAUAAUGUCUAAAGCUUUGCAGUUGCUUGUGUGUACGUAGGUAUUUGUCUAUGAACGAAGUAAAUUAUCCACGUGUCCCAAUUUUGAAACCGCGUGCAACAUAAAAAUAAUUAAAUAUGAAAAACAAAAUAUUUUCUUUACGUAAAUCGAAUAAGUUACUGAUUCUGACUGAGUCGCUCCUAAAAAUUUGGACACUGCAAAUUCACCCUGUAUAAGAAAGACCUCUGAUUGUCUUCAGUAAUCUCUUUGCCAGGUCUGUACUUCAAAUGAGAGUUACCGUAUUAGAGCUUACUAUGUUGACGUCAUUUUUCAGGACGGGACCUUGCUUGAAUAAAGCGCCAUCUGAUGAAUGCAAAUACGAUAUUCUUGCCUUUAAAGAUUAGCUGUACUAAAUGCGUUCUGCGGUAAGGGAUUAGAGGUGGAAUUGUGUAAAGCAAUCGUAAUCAUUUGACAGUUCAUAGCGUACGACAAAGCGUUUGACAGAAUAAUCGUACGUUAUGAACUGUCAAAUGAUAACGAUUGCUUUCCACAAUUCUACCCCUGGUCAUAGUGAACGCAGCAUCGUGUAUUGAACAACAUUGUUGGUCAGGGCAACGAACAUCGGUCCGGGCAAUACAAUCUGUCAGCGGUCGUGACCGGUGACCGCAGACCGCAUGCAGUGUGGCGAAUCCUUUAUUACUGAUACGCACCGUCAACGUAAUGUUCGUUAUUUUGUAAAUCUCUUUUCUUCUUCCUAGCAUUUAGUCAAUUUAGGCUGAGUUGCACCAUCUUAUUUUAACCGUAACAAUAACAAUAAAUGGGCUUUUUGUAUGGAGUUUGAAAGAUUUUUGACGUUUGUCUAAGUAAGAUGGUGCAACUCAGCUUAAGUUUAGACAGUAUUUUUUAUAUUAACUUUGGUGUUUGUUAAUAUGUAUGUAAGUUAGGAAAUUCGUGUGAUCGUUGUAAAAAUAAGAAUAAUAAAUAUCAAUAAAUGUUGUACAUAAUUUUUUGAACCUG